AUGGAGGGUGAACUCAUGAGCGACAGUAGUAAUUACUCUAAUCAACGCCAGCUUUCCUUUGGUAGCCAUGGUCAAGUCAGUAUCCUGGCCAGCUGCUACAUGGCCACAACUGUCUCGGAAACCGUAAAAGGUUUCCACUACUGCACUCCCAACGGGGCAGGAGCACAGUGCAUYCCCGCCGCAAAAGAGGAUAUGUGGUCGAGACACAAAGCACCACGAAAUAAUAUCGACAGUAUUAUUCGCGGGGAGGCAGCGCAAACCAUCACGGAAGAGUGUGAGAGACUUUUCUGCGACACGUUGUCCGCCAUGUUCCUUGGUGAGAGGAACCGCAGACACCGAACGUCGCUAGUGAUGGGUGCGUUACAGCAAAAUGUCCGGCCGGAAAAUCGGAAACCAUUGCGCCAACGGGACAUCGAAGCUUAUCUCGAAUUGUGGGAUUAUGCGAACGAUGCCAUCUACCGGGGGUUCGUAGUUGAUGGCUGUGGUCAAAGAACCUUGUUCGUCUUCCUUGACAGCCAGGCGACCAGCCAUGGCAUCAAGACUGCCCUACUUUCUCUUUUUGAGCUAGCUGAAGUAGAAGCCUUUGAAUGCAGCCAGAUCAUCGCUUGUGUACCACGCUCGGACGACCCGUUGGGCAGUGGUAUCGUACGAAACCUGGGAUGGUUCAGCAAGGGCUUCACAGGCCGGCAUGGUCGUGCCUAUCUCGUCUCACCUACAGACUCUUCCUCCAUGAAUGGAUACCAGCAGACGAACAACACUGCUACCUUGCUAAAUACAAUCACUCAAAGGGCUGUUCCUCGCCAACUAGUUACCGGCGCUCAUACAGUCGCCGACUUCAACUGUAUCAUCUGCGGGAGCGUGCUAGGAUGGAAGUACAUUGCGGCAGAGGAAGAAGCUCAGCGGUACAAAGUCGGUAAAUAUAUCAUUGAGACAAAGCGGAUCACGACGUCUUCGUGCUGGGACUUUCGGGAUGAUUUCCCGUCGCCUACGUCGCCGGAUGGUGUAGCUUCGUCUUUGCCUUCUGCUGCCAGUGAUGGUUACUCUUCGGAAGUCGAAUUUGAUAGUCAGGAUGAAGACGAGUGCGAGGAUCUCUUUGCUGGUGUCUGGACUCCGGGGCUUGCGAGACGAAGAAGGGCUCGGAAAUUGACUCGGAAGUCUUGA